GCGGAUAAGGGAGGAACAGUGGAGUGGAAACAGUACAUGGGGAAAAUGGAAAAGUAUGAUAGGCGGUGUGGUACUAAUACUGGCAAGGCUCACAGACGAUGCCUACUACGAUGCCGGUGACACGUCUGGAAAUGAAAAGCAUAAUGAUAUCCUGUAUAAUGUGGGCCUCUCCAAUCAGAUCAACCAGAACGCCCAGAUAGUUCAAAACCUCUUCCUUUACGCUACUCUACCAAUGGCAAUCCUCUUUCGCUACCACUCUAGCGUCUGUUUGGCCAUCUGCUUCACCCGGCUCUAUGAGGAUGAAGUUUCUCGCUUCGAGAGCAUGCUUCGUGGCGAGGCCAGUCAUGCAAAGCUCUCACAUCCAACUGGAUUGCGCCAGCUCUCAGGGCACCAUCACAGCUACGGUCACAAUGUUCUCGCAUCACAGAUUUCAAGUAGCUAUAACCUCUCAACUCCAAGUGAGGCAUAUCCAAGGCACCUUUCCACCUGGACGGCUUCACAUUAUCCACUCCAAAGUCAGAUAGCUAGAUCUUUUAAGCGCCAAAGAUCGGCCAGCAUCACAGUGAUGACGUCGAGUAGGAUACUGAAGGAGGCGGAGGUGGAGCACCAGCCGCCAAUUACGAUAGCAAAGCACAGUCGUCGAGACGGACUAAAGGAACAGGACGAGGGUCUAUCUAAGAAGGCAAAGUUUAGGGUACGCAUUGCAAAGGCCAAGGGCAAGCAGACACUUCAUAAGCAUGCCAACAGCUUGGGUGCUGCAGGUCGGCGUGGAACUAUGCAGAAUCUUCAAUUGGCCCAGCUGCGUAUUAACUCCGGCCAACUUGCGCAUCAAAUGAUGCAAGCAAAACGUCAAAUGGUUUCGAUCCAAUUGGCCAGAGCUGCAAUGCUAACGGCUGAGAUGCGUAUGGACAAAACGAUUGAAAGCCAAAAUCAUACAAAUACAAAUCAACAUACUUACAACAGAAGUCCCAAAAUUGACAGUGGCCGGUUGAGGGAAAUACCCCAGGUCAAGCGUAGGACUCAUCGGCUUCUUCAAAUGCUGCCAUCUAAGGAUGACAAAACUAUGUAUGAAAAGUACAAAGUAAAUGUCGUUAGUAUCGACAAGGAGUCCUCACUGGAGAGUAUGAACGAGAGUAAUGAUACUAGAGACUGGGCAGAUCUGGGUGUGAUAAAAAAUAAAGAUGAAUCUGAGGUAUCAAGGGCAAAGCGA